AUGGACCUCGACGAACGGCUCCAGCUAAAUACGCGCGUACUGCGCCGUUUUGACCCAUGCAUUUCUCAGAUCCUAGGCGUGGCCUCCUUCGCCGUCUUGUAUAGCUUUGAGAAGGGCGAAUGGACAAAGACAGGCACCGAAGGUCCGCUCUUCCUAUUCCAGCGCUGCGAGGCUCCCUACUUUGGUUUGCAGAUCCUCAAUCGGAACGAACCCGAGAACUUUGCCGUUGGGAUUACGCCUGAUGACGAUAUUGAGCUGAGCAGUGAGUUCAUUAUAUACCGCUCGCACCAAAAGAGUGAUUCAGACGACGAGGGUAUCUGCGGCUUUUGGAUCUUUGAGCCUUCGCAGCUGGAGCAGCUGGGCAAACUGAUUCUAACCCUGCAAGAGGGGCCGUAUCCGCCGCCGCCGCCGCCCGCCCCGGUCGCAUCCGAGACGAUCUGCCUCGACGACCUGUUCGGCACGCAGACAGAUGCACCCGCGCCCGCGGCGCCUGCGCCUGUGUUCACCGACGAGGACAAGGCAGGCGCGUCCAUUCUCAAUGCGCUGUUCCGCGACGCAGCGCCCGCACAGAAACAGCCCGAGGCACAGGAAGAGGCAUGGGCUAAGGAGGCGCCAGAGACAGAGAAAGAAGAGCAGGGGUCUGCGCCUGUGCCGGAGGCACAAGUACCAGCGCAGAGCAUCGACUUGGACGAUCUUUUUGCCAGCGCAACGUUGCGCGAGCCAGAGGCCGUCGACACGGCCCCCCCGGCACGGCCGGAAGACGCUGCCCCAGUGGCCGAGGAGGUGUCGAAGGAGACGCCCCAGCCAGCUGCGCAGGAGCCUCCGUCGGCGCCGGCGCCGGCGCCAGAGAGGGGCCUCCUCGAACUGCUGCAUUCAAACGACGCAGUCGCGCGGAUCCCGCCAACGUUGCUGGACCGCGCCGAGUUUGUGCAGCACCUAAUCGUGUUGCUAUGUACGGACAAGGCGUACGUCGACCAACUGUACACCGAGUACCGCGCCAGGCAUGGCAGAUAG